GAGACCACCCACUCUCCCCUCCCUUCACCAUCUCUGAUGAAAACCAUAACAUAAGCAUGUACGGUGUGAUGUAAUUCAGAGGCUGCUCACUUCUGGAUUUGCUAAGAGGAGAUUUCAUGCAGAGGAAGAGCAUUGUUUUGGCAACAUCUGGGAGUGGGAACGGAAGCCAGAAACACUUGGAUAGCUCUGGGUUUGUUUUUUUUUUUCCCCUUUUGCGCGUCUGUUGGUGGAAUGACAUUUGCUCCGUAGGCAUGUUUCCUCUUGCUGUGUUUCUUGGCCUUGGAGAGUCCUGAGUUUAAAAAGACAGUAUGUGAUGGUCCGUGGAGGCUGCCUCUUCUGUGCAAUCUUCCCACCUCCUCUGAAGACAUGUUGUUGUCUCCCAAAUUCUCCUUAUCCACCAUUCACGUACGGCUGACUGCCAAAGGACUGCUUCGGAAUCUUCGACUUCCUUCGGGGUUUAGGAAAAGCACUGUUAUUUUCCAUACAGUUGAAAAGGGCAGGCAAAAGAAUCCCAGAAGUUUAUGUAUCCAGACGCAGACGUCUCCAGAUGCACUGUCCUCCAAAAAAACCCUUGAAUUGGCUCAGUAUAAGACCAAAUGUGAAAACCAGAGUGGAUUUAUCCUGCAGCUGAAGCAGCUUCUUUCCCGCGGCAAUACCAAGUUCGAAGCAUUGACAGUUGUGAUUCAGCAUCUUCUCUCAGAGCGGGAGGAAGCACUGAAACAACAGAAGACCCUGUCUCAAGAACUUGUUAACCUCCGGGGAGAGCUAGUCACUGCUUCCACCACCUGUGAGAAAUUGGAGAAAGCCAGGAACGAGUUAGAAACAGCUUACGAAGGGUUUGUCCAGCAGCACCAGGCCGAUAAAACAGAGCGAGAGAAUCGGCUCAAAGAAUUUUACACGAGGGAGUAUGAAAAGCUUCGGGACACUUACAUCGAAGAAGCAGAGAAGUACAAAACUCAGCUGCAAGAGCAGUUCGACAACUUAAAUGCUGCCCAUGAAACCUCUAAGUUGGAAAUCGAAGCCAGCCACUCGGAGAAAAUAGAGCUGCUAAAGAAGGCCUACGAAGCCUCCCUUUCAGAAAUCAAGAAAAGCCAUGAAAUAGAAAAGAAAUCACUUGAAGAUUUACUUUCUGAGAAGCAGGAAUCGCUAGAGAAACAAAUCAAUGAUCUGAAGAGUGAAAACGAUGCUUUAAAUGAAAAGUUGAAAUCAGAAGAACAAAAAAGAGUAUCGAGAGAGAAAGCAAAUUUGAAAAACCCUCAGAUCAUGUAUCUGGAGCAAGAAUUAGAGAGCCUGAAAGCUGUGUUAGAGAUCAAGAAUGAGAAACUGCAUCAGCAAGACAUCAAGUUAAUGAAAAUGGAGAAACUGGUGGACAACAACACGGCGUUGGUUGACAAAUUGAAGAGAUUCCAGCAGGAGAACGAGGAAUUAAAAGCUCGGAUGGACAAGCACAUGGCAAUUUCAAGGCAACUCUCUACUGAGCAGGCCGUUCUGCAGGAGUCCCUGGAGAAGGAGUCGAAAGUCAACAAGCGGCUCUCCAUGGAGAACGAGGAGCUUCUGUGGAAGCUGCACAACGGCGACCUGUGCAGCCCCAAGCGAUCCCCCACGUCCCCCGCUGUCCCCUUCCAGUCACCCAGGAAUUCUGGCUCCUUCUCCAACCCCAGCAUUUCACCCAGAUGACACUUCCUGAAAGCCCAGAGACUGUCCGAGCGCGUUCUGAUCCAGGUCUGCAGGACUGACCGUGAUCGUGGGAGCAAGAGCUACGUUAGCUUACGUGUCAUUCCCGCGGGAUAACUGGAAAAGUCACCACCACCAGAAUCGGCUACUUCUGAGACUGGAACUCUGGCUGGGGACUCGGUCCAAAAGACUCCUCCAAAAAAGAUUUCGGAACCGACAUGGACGUCAUUGCACAAAGCACUUAAAGAAUGAGAGAAUCUUGUUCGUUGCCUUUCCACUUAAGCGUAAGAGGAAAAACUCUCAGGGGCCUAUUACGAUAAAGAUUUAUAACCUUUGUAAUGUUCUUCACCACAGACACCUUCUUGUGAGUUUUAUUUUGGUCUGACUGGGGGGUGGGGUGUGAAUGAAAUGGAUGUACCAGUGUCUGCUGCAGCCGCCUUGGCUGCGUGUUGAGUCAAAAGCUGAAUCUAUCUGGAUACGUACUAAUCAAGUCAGCGCACGCAUUUCAGCAAAAGCCAUAGGAAAAAAGCAAUAGUUGCUUGAAUUCUGACCCACCACCAACUCCUCUCAGCCCUGUGACACGCAGGGGAGGCUACGCUCUGUAUGUACAUUCUCGGUAUGUUUUUGGGGUAACUUGUUGGCAAUUUCUCAGCCAUGGCCGUUGAAACUAGCUAGAUUUUUCUGUAGAUUUUUUACUUAACCAUGUCAGCCAACACUAUACUGCGAUCCAUUCUCUCAGGCUCUGAGUCAAUGUAGAACACUACUUUUUCUUUAAAAGAAACAGGGCAGUGCCAGGGGGUUGUGCUGCCGUAUUUCUACCUUGAUCUAAGCUUCCCUUGCAGAUCUACACGCUCCCCUGCCCUCCCCU